CCUUACCGUUUACACCGGAUCCGCCAUUUUGCGUCAAAGCUCUUUUCUGAGUGCGUCGCUAAACGCAAUUGAGUUAUUAUUUUAUUUAUUAAUGUGUUAAGUAGAAGUGAAAUACUAUUUUUAUUGAUCUUGUAGUAAAAGCAUGCAAAUGCACGCCAUGAACCAAUAUCGAGGAUUUGGAGGCCCACCUCAGCCCCAAAGACAAGGCGGUCGUCGGGGCAAUAAUCGAGGCGGAUUCCGCAAUUCCCGCUUUGAGCAUAAUCAGAAUCAGCGAGGGCAUAACUUUCAUGGGGGUCAACGUCCCCAUAUUGAGCCUGUAAAACAAGGUCCCCAAAAUGAACCGCCACCACCGCAACCACAGCCUCAACCGCAGGCUCAGCAGGAGAAGAAAGAAUCCUCUCCUCAACAGACUCCACAGACUCCACAACAGCCACCUCCAAAGCCUCAACCACCUCAACAAAAGCCAUUGCAACAGCAACCAGCUCAAAAACCACCUCAAAAUCCAACCCAACCUCAACAGACACCAGCUCAACCACCGGUUAAACCGGAAUCCCAAGAUCAUGUUGAUAAAGCUGCACCUGAACAGAGACCUCAAAACCAAAAUCAAAACCAGGGUGCUUAUCAAAAGGGCCCAAUAGCUAGGCUGAUGGACAUAAAGCAGGAGCAAGGUCCCAAUAAUGUCAAUGGUGGCAACUUUGGUGCUAACAAACAGGGUGGUUGGAGUCAGGGGGGGCCGGGUAAUAAGCCAGGUGGCAAUUUUGGUCCAAAAGGUUUUGGUCCAAAACAACAACAAGGACAGGGUCCAGCUCGUAACCAACAGAGGAAUAACAUGGGGCGUGGACCUCAAGAUGGCGGGAAGCCACAACAAAGAGAAUUCUCACAGGAACAAAUGCUUGCUAAUAAAUUGAAAGAUCUCAUGGGCCCAUUGAAUGACAUACCUCCAAUUGAACAACCGGAGGUCAAAUUUAAUGGCAGAAGUCGUUUAUAUAUCGGAAAUCUUACAAACGAUGUUACCGAAGAGGAAAUAUUAACCAUGUUUGGACAGUUUGGUGAAACUGCUGAACUGUUUCUGAACAAAGAGAAGAACUUUGGAUUUAUAAAAAUGGACUAUAGAGUGAAUGCAGAAAAAGCUAAACGUGAAAUUGAUGGCAGAAUGAGAAAUGGCAGAAACAUCAGAGUAAGAUUUGCUCCACAUAACAGUGCGGUGCGCGUUAAGAACCUGCCACCAUUUGUGUCAAAUGAGUUACUGUACAAGGCAUUUGAAAUAUUUGGCAAGAUUGAGAGGGCCUAUGUCAAAGUUGAUGACAGAGGAAAAACUCUCGGUGAGGGCAUUGUUGAGUUUGCCAGAAAGCCCAGUGCAUUAGGUGCCAUCCGUAACUGCACUGAAAGAUGCUUCUUCUUAACUUCAUCUUUGCGUCCUGUCAUUGUGGAGAGUUUGGAGGAACCUGACGAAUUUGAUGGUUAUCCCGAGAAGAAUUUACCAAAGAAACAUCCAGAAUUCUUACGUGCCAGAGAAAUGGGCCCACGUUUCUCCGAGCCAGGCAGUUUCGAGCACGAGUACGGUACCAGGUGGAAGCAACUCCAUGAACUGCACAGACAGAAGGAGGAGGCUCUGAAGAAGGAACUGGCUGCCGAGGAGGAGAAACUUGAAGCACAGAUGGAGUAUGCUAAAUACGAACAUGAAACGGAGCUGCUCCGAGAACAGCUGCGGCAGAGGGAACAGGACCGAGAGAGACAGAAGAGAAGCUGGGAGAUGGCGGAGAGGGCGGCGGACGAGAGGAGGGAGGCGGAGCGCGCGCAGCUGCUGCGGCAGGAGGAGGAGCUCAGCAACCGGAUGCGGCUGCAGGACGACGAGCUGCGGCGGCGGCAGCAGGAGAACACGCUGUUCGUACAGGCUCAGAGGUUGAACUCGAUGUUGGAUCGUCAAGAACAAGGCAUGUUCGACCACCAGCAGCCUAUGGAUGGAGGCUUCAGAGAGCAGUUCGACAUGCCACGUGGAGGUUAUGACGAGAUGGCACAGAAUCGCGGUUGGGACGGACCGCGCCAAAUGGAUGAUUUUCCUAAUAAAAGACGUCGAUUUUAAAUGAUUAUGAUUGAUUUAUGAACAGCUUUCAAAUAUUGGCUUCCCCUUAACCUACUGUUAUGCGACUAGUACAACUGGCAGUUAUGAUAUAUCUUGUAUCUGUUGUGUGUUUAUAAGUUAACUAUAAGCGAAGCCCGUAUUUGAAAUAACAAAGAGAUAAAAAUCGAUUUAAUGUGCAUAAGCUCUACCGAAGGGUUUGUACCGUUCUAACCGCUAGUAACAUUAUAGUUAUAAUUUAAACAUGUUUCACUCGCACGUCGUGCACUUAUUAUAAACCUGUCAGUAUGAGAUGUUCAGUUACAUAUCACGUUGGAACCGAUUUCAGUAUAAGCUUGUGCACUUGAAAUUCGUAAUAAAUUAAGAGAUCAAGGUUAGUCGAGUUGCGUUCAGUCUAAUGUUCUGAUACUAAUUUGGAUCUUAGAAUAGCGUCGUAAGGUAUAUUUUAGUUAUCCAGUAAUUAUAUGUAAUAUUCUUAGAGUUAAUUUAUCAAAACUCCGACUGCCCCAGGGAGUGCUAAACGCUUAAGGAAUUAUCAGCUGGUUUGUGAGAAAGAUACUUUUCAUUUAUUAACUAAGGCUCACAUUCAAUUUAUCCUAUAAACUAUCGGUUUUUUGAAGGAAAGCUAUGAACCGUAAAUUUUUUACUUACUCGUUUUAUCAGACGUGUUCUGAGAACAUACAAUUACUUUGGGCAUGUUCUUUGUAUAUAGAUCAUUUCACCUCACACUUAAAAGAAAAAUUUAAACAUUUAUCUUGCUGCAUCUGAUGGAAUCUUUAAUGAUAUUCUGUAGAUUGUGUAGAUUUUUAGUAUGUUUCGCAUUUUUUUUUAAUAUUAAGCUCUCUCGAGUUGCUAGAAAUUUCUGAAUAAAUAAAUUGUACCGAUUAUUUUUUUUUAUAAAAACUUUAAAAUCUUCAUGUAAAGGUAACUUCUAUAAAUGUAUAAUUAACUUAGGACUAAAUUCAUAUAUAUCUAUAUAUAUAUUUUAAUCAUGACAACAUUUAAAGCUAACAUUGAAUCUAAAAAUGGAUUCACAAUUCACAGGCGGUGGUCUGUUUUCUUUGAAAUAUCAUUACCUCUUUUUCCAUGUUUAUUUUUGUAUACAUAAUAUUUAUACUAAACUAAACGCUACCUGUCUGUCUGUCUGUCUGUCUGUGUGAGUGUAUCGAGUGAUGUUUGGUAACUGUUGUGUGAUGUGGUUAGCUGCGUUUGUGAAGUGUCUGCAUUCAUUAUAACACACUCUAUACUUGGUCGAUUCAUAAACACCUUGUAAUUUUAACUUUAUAUAAAAUAAAUAAUUACUUUGUA